GAUGUCCAGGGAUUUUCUAGGGUAUCCCUUUGUUGUUAUUCACAUUUUAGCAACAAUAGAGAAGCUUCCUGACCCUGAAGCCGUAGGAAUUCUUGAAAGAGUCAAGCAAUAUUCAAACGACUCUCCGUAUUUUCAUUCUUUACCUGUUGAAAAGCAAGAGGAAUUGUUGGACAAUCACUUCGUGCCGGAAGAAGUGGAAACUUUUUAUGCAGAUGCUCCAAGAUUGGGAGAUUUACCUGAAAUGUUUCCCAAAUUAACCCUAUACAGCGGAGAAAAAAUUGUUGAAUUGGACGACAAAAACUAUUUUCGAGAUGAGUUCUCUGGCCCAUUUUGCUGGGAAACUUCCAGUCAAAGCGAGUUUACAUUCGACAAAAUAAAUGAAAUAGAAAAGCCAAAAGGCUAUAGAGUUCCAUCGCCGAAGUUGGAAAAGCAGAAAGAAAAGGGGAAGUUAUGGCAGUCACCAUUUCUUGCUAAUGAUAGAUCUAAAGGAAUGAGUUCAGAAGCUUUACACUUAUUUGAGAAGUUUGGGUUAAAGCUCGAGGACGAUGACGACGAAGACGACGACGAUGAUGACGAUAAGAAUAGUAAUCAGGAGAGUUUUGGUGCUAAUGAAGUAUCUGGUCAAAAUGAUUCAUAUAAGGCCAACGAGGAGAAUAUUAGGUUGGAACUUGACGAAGAUAUCACCACCGACUCUGAUGAUUCUCCCGUAACUGUUGUAGAAGUUGAGAAACAAUUUUCCAAUCCAGUAAAAUCAGAUGUUAUUGAGAAUAAUGUUUUAAACUACCUUGAGUCGAAAACAGAACCUACAUUUGAACCUAUUGAAACUUUCGAUGAUCUAAAAGAAACAAAGGAGGACCAAUCUUGUCAAGUUAAAAAAUCGGGAUUUGAUUUUCUAGACAACUGGUAA